GCUGUGCAUUGUUGAAGGGGAUCGAUCGAAGGUGACCAAAUUCAGCAGUGUUGGGCUAGAUGGAGACAUGGUCAUCUAGGAUUUCAAGCAUUAAAAGUGAAAAAAAUAACAGAAGACUUGAACCUUCAGAAAGGAUUGGUUUACUCUUUGGUGUUGAAUUCUUCCUGAAUGUGCUACAGAGAGUCAAAUAUUACAAAUCCCUUGUUUUUAAAAAUUGUGAUAUCCACUCCAUUUCUUGUUUGUUUGUUAAAGCCAGGCAAUUACAAAGCCACAGACACAGGUUUUAGCUUGUGUCCAUUUAUCUUUUGUCCAUCAGCUAGUUACCAACCACAGAAGCUACAGUGUAUGUGUACAUGCACUGUCUUGAAUUAAAGACUGAACAAUGUUACUGAGUGCAUUAUCGUUGUCAAAAUCUGAACUGACAACAUUCUAAUCUUGUUCUAAAUAGAGAAAUGACUGCUGCCUGUUUCUUUGUUUCUAGUGUGUUUAAAGGUAGAUUCAAAGCAUUUGUUUUUUUUUAAUUUAAAACUAGAUGCAGUUCAGUUAUUCCUGGUGUGAUAUUUUACAUCUGCACUUACUUCAAAAUAGGGCUAUAUUGUAAAAUUAUAAAAUGUGAUUUGAGUGUCUCUUUUUCUAAUUUUCUGCAGUGAGAAAAUACAAUCACAGACAGUACGGCAAAUGUUUGUUGUCUGACAGUAAACAGGGCCUGCCUUAGAUAACGUAACUUACUGGAACAUCGCAUUCAAAUCAAACACGUUAACGGAAAUAUCAUUAGCACAACACUACCCUGUGCUUUACUACCUAGUUUACAAGAAAGUCUUGUUUAGAGCCAUUUCAAUAGUUAUCUCGCUCCCACUUCCCAAAAAGCAACGUUGUAAUCCUUUGUUUUAAGUAAAAAAAAAUAUAUAAAUACUGUAGUUUAACCAACAUUACUUUGAAGCGGUCAAUGAUUCACAGUCAACCAAAACAAAGCCUCGUGGAAAGACUGAAGUCAUCCUCCGCAAAUCAAAAUCAGCCCUGCUGGAAUGGGCGGACCAUUCUGCUCACCCCACAUUUUGCUUCCAUAAACUUGACUUUGCCAAUCGGGAUAAAGCUGGAGGAAAUGUGGCCAAUCAGAAAGACACAGGGCUUCUGGGCACGCCUUCCGUCAAGCCAAUGAGGGCGCCUUGUAUGACGGCACGCGCUGUCAGCUGUUUUUGUUUUUCUGCAGUUUUUUUUUUUGUUUGUUUGUUGGUGUUGUUGUGUCCCGUAAGAAAAAAAAAAAAAAAAAAGAUCGAUUUGUGCCUGCAUAUCUAGAUCGGAAAGUGAACAAACGAGAAUAAAUAAUAAUAAUAAAAAACGAAUCUACGACUGAUCAUCGGGGAUCCCUGGUUGAGCAAAGUGAGAGCCGAUCCCAGUCCUCCGAAUAGAGGAGGCAGGGUGGGCGCUGGGGAUCGGCAUGGAGACUGUUGAGGAAGCCGAAGGAUCCGGGGGACCGGGCGGUCAGGGCGGACUGAUCUGCGCCUCUUUCAACCAAGAUACAACAUCCCUCGCAGUUGGUACAAAAAAUGGCUACAGGUUGUUUUCUGUGACUUCAGUAGACAGACUGGACCGCGUCCAUGAAAGCACAGUUCAUUUCCUAGCAGUUGACGAAAAGGACACUAGGGGGCAGACGACACCCAGAACUGAUGCACACACAGCCCCCUGCACGGACACCAUUUUGAAAAAGCCUUUGGCAACAGAAAGCCCAGAUGUGUACAUCGUGGAGAGGCUCUUCUCCAGCAGUCUGGUGGUGGUGGUCAGCCUCUCCAUGCCUCGCCGUAUGAACGUGUACCACUUCAAGAAAGGGACAGAGAUAUGCAACUACAGCUACUCCAACAACAUCCUGGCUGUGCGUUUGAACCGCCAGAGACUGAUAGUCUGUCUGGAGGAAUCCAUCUACAUACACAAUAUAAAGGACAUGAAGCUAUUGAAAACUCUCCUCAAUACGCCAAUAAACCCUACAGGCUUGUGUGCACUUUCCAUUAACCAUUCCAACUCGUACCUGGCUUACCCUGGCAGCUCAGCUAUCGGGGAGAUUAUAGUGUACGAUGCUAAUAACUUGAGCACAGUGACGAUGAUUCCAGCCCAUGACAGCCCUCUCGCUGCUAUAACCUUCAGCUCUUCAGGAACUAAAUUGUCCAGCGCUUCCGAGAGGGGCACAGUCAUCCGAGUCUUCUCCGUUCCAGAGGGCCUGAAGCUCUUCGAGUUCCGCAGAGGGAUGAAGAGGUAUGUCAGCAUCAGCUCUCUCUCGUUCAGCAUGGACGCUCAGUUCCUGUGCGCCUCCAGCAACACGGAGACUGUGCACAUCUUCAAACUGGAACAGCACAGCCACAGCAGUCGUGAUGAGGAAUCUCCCACCUGGUCUGCCUAUGUAGGGAAGGUGUUUUCCGCUGCCAGUAGCUACCUCCCAGCGCAGGUGUCAGACAUGAUGAACCAGGACCGCGCCUUUGCCACAGUGCGGCUCAACGUUUUUGGACAGAAGAACGUCUGCGCUAUCUCCACGAUUCAGAAGCUGCCCCGCCUGCUGGUUGCCUCUGCGGACGGAUACCUCUACAUCUACAACGUGGACCCGCAGGAUGGGGGCGAGUGUGUGCUGGUGAAGAAGCACAGGUUGUUUGGCUCAGACGAGGAGGAAGAGGAUGCUUCAGAGAGCGAAAUGACCGCUGCCCUGGUCAGCCAGUCAUACGCUGCCACUGUGGCCAUGCCCACUACCAUGCCUUCCUCUUCAGCGGUGACUGGUUAUUCGGAGGAUGGAGGAACGAAGAAAGGCGAGGUGAUUCCAGAACAUGAAUUCGCAGCCAGCCCUGUGUGUCUGGAUGACGAGAAUGAGUUCCCUCCAAUAAAUUCGUGCCGUGGCAGGAGUCGGAGUGGACAGGGGAGGAGGACGUGAGGUUAAAGGAACGUUGGCGUCAGUCACUGGGCAACGGGGGUUUAAGCCUGAAGUCUGAAGAGUGGGUAUGCUUGAGCCAGAAAAAAAACAUUCCAGGGUGCUCUAUUUGAAAAAAAAAACAAAAAAACACUCAAGUCUUUAUCUGACUGGGAUUUGGCCAAUCGGCUCAACAUGAGACGGGUGUGUUAUAUUAGUAGGUGCAUGAUU